AAGCAGCAGUCUUAGCCAUUAAAUCAGUCGCUCUGUUUGCUGUGCACUGGAUGAGUACUAAAGUAGCCGUCCAAUUGCACUGGAGCAUCUCUUUGAUUUUGUCAAGCAGAUCAGAGUCAUUCCUAAUUAUGCUGGUUGUGCCUUGCAAAAUAAGAAGAAACGCAUCAAGAUUAUCAGUUUCACAUAUGAUCUAUUUGCACUCGCAAUCCCAAGCCAUAACAAGCCCUCUCCAAAUAGCAUGAAACUCCCAACAGAGAACACUAGAAAGAGGUAUACUGACAAAAAACCUUUUAUCCAAAUUCCCAUGCUGUCUAUUAACAGCAGCCACUUCCUUCACACUGCGGCUGUGCUUCUCUCUCGCCGCCGAUUAGUCCCUGUCGCCGCCGCUCACUGUCCGACACCGGCCCUGUUGCCGCCGCUGACAGCCUCCGCAUACUCCUUCCCUCGUCGGUGGCUGAGUUGCUUGCUGCUGACCUGCUUUUGCUCACUCCUUCCCUCCGCCGCAAACACCGCUUCUUCCUCGUGAUCCAGGUAGAAGAUUGAAAGAGAAAAGGAUCAGAGUCAUUUGUACAAAAUGCUUCAGCACCAAAUUGUGCAAUCCCCUGCUAGGCUAGGCCUCACAAACCCGAAUUCACCAUCCAUUCCGAAUCCUACUCCCCCAAAGCUCCCUCCCUCACAGAGCCAUCAUCACCAGCCCCACCUAGACCGCCACGCAGCUGGCCCUUCUGCAGCUCUGCUCUCUCUUCUCCCACCUCUCCCUCGAGCACAAGCACUUCUUCAACAAAUGGCUUCCUUAACUUCUAAGCUCUUUGAAGUUUCACCCAACAGGUCGCUUUGGGUCACUGCAUUCCGAGGAUCCAUCCCCACCUUCCUUUCUACCCAAGGCCAAGCUCAUUCAUCGACCCCACAUGAUUCUUCUCCUUCCACAACCAAAGGAGUUAUUUCACAAUUCACUAUUCUUCAAACUCAGAUCUUUGAAGCUGUCGCUGAACUCCAAGAGAUUCUUGAUCUGCAAGAUGCUAAGCAGAAGAUUGAUCGGGAAAUUCGCUCAAAAGAUUCAGCACUUCUUGCAUUUGCCAACAAACUCAAAGAUGCUGAGCGGUGUCUCGACAUUCUUGUUGAUGAUUACUCUGAUUAUCGCCGCAGCACCAAGAGGUUGAAAUCGGGAGAUGCCAGUGAAGAUGAUUCUUUGACAUCCUCAACUGUCUCAUCCCAGCUGAAGCUAUCAGAUAUAUUAUCAUAUGCUCACCGGAUAAGUUAUACAACCUUUGCGCCACCAGAAUUUGGAGCUGGGCAAGCCCCUUUGCGUGGUGCACUGCCACCUGCGCCACAAGAGGAGCAAAUGAGAGCUUCACAGUUAUAUAACUUUGCUGACCUUGAUGUUGGAUUGCCUAAAGUUGUUGAAACGAAAGAGAAAACAAUAGAGGCCAUUAUUGAGCCUCCACCUCCACAGCAAGUGGAUGCCAAUUUGUCUGCAAUUCAAGGGUUGCUUCCACCAAAUUUUACAGUUCCGCCUGGCUGGAAGCCUGGAAUGCCUGUGCAAUUGCCUAUUGAUCUUCCACUUCCCCCACCUGGGUGGAAACCUGGGGAUCCUGUGCCAUUGCCACCCAUGGACUCACUUCCUGCACCAAGGUUUGAGCAGCAACAAGUACCCCAUCACAUCCCUCAGCCUAAGCAACCUGAAGUCAUUCAAGUGCAGCAUGUUAAUUUGGAUCUUGACGGUAGUGAUAGUAGCGAUUACAGCAGUGAUGAAGCCAGCUCUGAUGAUGAAGAUUGAGAAAAUGAUGAAGCUCAUUAGCUCAAACUGACAAUUGUAUAGGUUUGUGCACAAUCUUGAUGAGGAUUGAGGAACUUUCUGUUACAUGACAUGCCAAUCAUCUCUAUUACUGGAACAGUGGUUGGAUAGAGGAUAAAUUGCCUUGCCUUACAUUACAUUCCAACAGUGGCGAGCCUUGAUAGAGGAUGUUUUCUAACUCAACAAUAUUUCGUCCCUCUCAGUCUUCAUGUUAAUUUACUGUAGAAAUCAAUCCAUUAUCUAACCUAUUUGUGUAACUGCUUCUGUGUAUUUUGUGCCCUAGACCGUUAGAACAUUGCUUAAUUUCUGAAUGGAACAUGUAGCGCACUAAAUUUUUUGGGUGCUUAUGUUCACAGCUUAUAAGGAAACAUCAUUAUAGAUAAGUUACUAGUUGGUUAGAUCUUGAAACUUAAAAGUCUAUACCUUAUUGUUUUUUUUUUUCUUUUAAUGUAUAUAAUUAUUUUCU